AGCGUUGGUUGCCGUUGGUGGGGUGACGGGAGUGAACGCUGGGGAAUAGAUCGUUAUGUCGGAGCCUGAAGAGUCAGGUAUCGGCUUGUCUUAGAAAUGAGAAGUUUUAGAGGUCUGAUACCGGUGUUUCCAGAUUUCUGUGUAUCCCAUGUUGUUUCAGUUGCCUGGUGAUUCUGAUAUAUUGCAAUUGGAUUUUAGCAGUAGUGACCGAAAUGUUAAACAUCUUCAUUCAUCGACUAGUCUAGUAUUUGCAUAGCAAAGCAUUGCUGGCAAGAGGUUGGGGUUUAACUUGGUGGUCAGGGGCAUCUAGUAGCCAACUCUGCUUCAAUUCAGGGAUUUCUAUUGAAGUUGACAUCGACAGGCGUUGCUAUUUGAUCGGUGACUUGUGGAGAUCCAACAGAUGUGCGGCUCCAUGGAGACUCGAGCUCUUCACCCAGUGACAGUCUGAGUGCCGGCAGAAAGUGAGGAUGUUGGGGGAGGGGAGAGGGGUAGUGGAGGAAUGGCUCUCAGAAUUCAAGACUCUACCUGCCUCUCAGUUAUCCAGCUAUGCAAGCACACUCUCUCAGAAGAAAAGCUUGGUACCAGCCCUCUACAGAAUCAUCCAGGACCCGAACAGUGAGCUGUUGGAGCCGGUUUGCAAUCAGCUGUUCGAGCUUUACCGAAACUCAGAGGACCGCCUGCGCAGAUUCACCCUGCAGUUCCUGCCAGAGCUAGUAUGGGUGUAUUUGCGCCUUAUGGCCAGCAGGGACCGCCAGAGCAAUGGCUGCAUCGAAGCACUGCUGUUGGGCAUCUACAACCUGGAGAUUGUGGACAAAGAGGGAAACAGUAAGAUGCUGUCGUUCACCGUUCCCUCACUGUCCAAGCCAUCUGUGUAUCAUGAGCCCUCCAGUCUUGGUUCUAUGGCUCUAACAGAAGGAGCUCUCUCUCAGCAUGAUCUGAUCAGAGUGGUAUACAGUGGGAUGCAUCCUCAAAGGGAGACCUUCACCGCUCAGAACAGGUUUGAGGUGCUGGCUUUCCUCAUGCUGUGCUAUAACUCAGCGGUGGUGUACAUGCCACCUUCCUCCUACCAGGCCGUGUGCAGGAUGAGCUCACGGCUCUGUGUGUGUGGGUUUCCACGGCAGCAGCAGAAGCUGUGGAGGGAGCCGUGUAACCGUGUCGUGCUGGACCCUGAGUUCAUGGUCCAGAUGCUCACUUCUGUCUACCAUGCCAUUUAUAAUGGGGAGUGGGAUCUGGGGAGGGAGGCGCUGGAUGAUAUCUUGUACAGAGCACGACUGGAGCUCUACUCGGAGCCACUGUUGUUGGGGAAUGCAAUGAAGAGCUCCUUGCCAGAUAGUGCUCCGGAGGGCUCUCGUGGACGGAAGGUCCUGCAGGUGGAGAUCACGCCCACUGUGAGCAGAAUCUCUCGCUCAGCCAUCACCGCAGCGUCUAUCCGCAGGCUCCGCUGGAAAAGGGCAGAGUGUUUUGACUUCUCAACUGAAGGCGAGUUCAACCUCACCGUGCAUUCCAGUCGCUACUCCCCCAAGGACCUGGCAGCCAGUCCUGUACGAGAAGGGAGGGGCAUACUCACAGUCACACACGAGGAUGCAGAUGGGAUGAGUGGAGGUGAGGAGUCCUUCAACUUGAAUGACCCCGACGAAGGCUUCUCCUCUGGUGCUUCCAGCAGCAGCCAACCCAGCGCGGGCAGCGGGCCUGGGGCUAUCGGAGGCAGCCGCGCCAGCAGCCAGAAGAGCUCCAGGAAGAGCAGCGCGAGCCGGGCCUCCCGCGAGAAGGAGCGCGAAGGCCUGGCAGACAGGCACAAGGAGCAAGCCGUUGAGGCGCAGCCAGCCCCUAGGAAAACGCAACAGCUGAGGGCUCAGUCCCCCACGCCUGCCAUCACACUGGACACCAUCCAGCUGAGUCCACUUGGGAAGCACGGAGGCUUGCCCCUGGGGCCCACGCUGACCCGGACUGCCAGUGUCUCGUCCAGCGUGGGAGCAGGAACUGGGGCUCUGGACCUGAAGGCAGGGUCUGCCCUGGCUGAAGGCCUGGGCUCCGGUAGCGGGGCCCACCGCCACUCCAGCCUCAGCCUGAAGGAGGAGCACCUGGUGCGGCCCGAGGAGGGCAAGCAGCUGCUGUCUGCUGGAGCCCCUCUCACUAAGCAGUCCCGCUCCCCCAGCUUCAACAUGCAGAUCAUAUCACAGGUGUAGCGUCCAUUCACUCCCUCUAGUCCUUCCACCCAGAGCUAUGCUCCAUGGCUUCUCUCUCUUUCUUUCCCGUCCUCUGUAACUUUCCCCCGCUCUCUCUCGCUCUCUCUCUCUGUGUGUUACACACCAACAUACCACCUUUCUUUUUGUGGUGCCAGGUUUCCACUGGUCAGGAGUCAGAGUCUCCACUAUGUAGCUAAAUUCAUCCAUUCAUCCAGAGCUGAAUGCAUGUUUGAAAUAAACCUUUGGCUGCGGACUCAUGACGACAAUACUGCCUUACGCAUUCACUGAGAAUGCUUAACACCUGCUUAGCAAAAACAUGCUAGUUAACUGACGGUGUAAAAAAAAAAACCCAAAAGCUGAACUAUUAGCUUUUAAUACCACCUCUUCUUUGGAAUAAAUAAAGACGAGUACCCCUUGAUUCAAAUUUACAGAUUUUUAGCCAUGAGUCACAGAAUAACAACAGUAUUGCGUGUUUUAACAGGCUUUUUAUUUGCAGUGGUGAUGGUAGCCAGGCUGGCUGACCAGUUGCCUCCAGUAAUAUGUGUACUGAACAGCAUGGCUGUCUCUAGCCAGUGGAGUCCAGGCACAUUGUUUUGGAACUUCAGAGAUUAGUUUAUUCACAUAGUCUAUAUUUUGUAAGAAUUAAGCAAUAAGACUUCAGUUGUUCAUCUAAACAAUCACUGCAGUGUCUCGGUAUGUGCUCCUGCUGAAUAAUCGGGUCAUGUGCAAUCUCUGUCAAGUUUUUCUUUAUUAUAAUCUGUAAAUGUUUUUUGUUCCCUUUGGAAUGGAAGGCCUUUGGAUAUUUAGUCAUUUUCAUCUUUCUGUCCCAAGGUUGGGCUGUUUUUAAUAAUAAUAAUAAUAAUAAUAAUAAUAAUAAUAAUCAAAUAUUUCGAAACUAUAAACAUUCAGGACACUGAAGAUGGAAAACACUUAAGUUUAGUUUUUAGUGUAAUUCUCAACCUUGACUUUGUUUUGAAUAAUUUAUACCAUUUGUGAGUAUACAGUUUGAGCUCUACAAUUUGUUUUUAAUUGACAAUGUUUUCUUUAAUCAAAAAUGUGGAAUUUUUGAUUUCUAGUCAUUUUAGUGUUCUUUGUCUGAGAUCGAUGUUCAGAACAAGGAGGCCAAGAAAUCUGAAGAUGGUGCCAGCGUGCAUCUGUUGAGGAUGUGACCGUGAGUUGGUGAAAGCUGCAAAGAGAAGCAAUACUGAGGAAGCCUCAGACAUUGACUACUCCUUGAGCAGGCGAGCACUCCUUAUGACUGGUGUUCUCAAGAGUCUUGUGGGGACUCUUCAAGAGCAUGAUUCCAACAUACUGGAAUCAGCUAUCUGUAGCUAAACAUGCACAGAAAUGCUGUUAUCUGCUGUUAAAGUCAAUGCCAUCAGGAGAGUGUGUAUGUGUGCGUGUGUGUGCACGUGUGUGUGUCUUAGUGCUGAGCUGUUCAUGGGAAGAAUGUGCAUAUAGUGAGAAGCAAUCAAAGAAGGAUCCAUGUUUUCAUUUGUUCUACCUCGUGUGUUUUCAAUCAGCCAUUCAAACACUGGCCUUGUGCUCUAUAAUGCUACUGUCAAAUGCCCACAUACAAAUCACUGGCAUUAGAAAACAAUGUUUUGUUUUUUUUGUCCAGUGGCAUUUCAUUCAAGGUUUAAUUGUAUGUUUUAAAGAAAAGUCUUUGCAGAGCUCACUUUGAAUAGUUCACAUGUUUAGGGCUUCCAACCUUGCUAGACUCUGUGGACUCUUAGUAGACCAUUUUAAAAGUGCCAUCUUUCUCUUGCUUCUCACUCCACCCUGGGAUAAUAAAGGGUGAUUUUUCAUGAGCAAAGUCGAAUUCUACAUCAGGAGUGAUUUUAGAACUAAGCUGGCAGUCCAAAGAUGACCAGUUUCAGUGUUGGUAUAUGCCUUUCAUCAUACAGUUUAGUGUAGACUGAAUCUGUGAUCUCUUCAUGAUACUUCUCGUCUCCCCUCCUGUCUAAUGUGUUGGAAUUCUGAGAGCAGCUCCUACUCUUUCACUCUGUCUUAAAUCAAAGCUUCAAGAAAGUAUUGUUCUUGAUCAUGGUGUCUGUUUUCUCCAACAACAGUCACCAACACCUCAUUAUUAUUUUUAUUUAUUCAUUUUCUUCAAGAAUUCUCUUCUGCUGAGAACUUUUUCUGCUGUAACUAUCUGCUGUGAAGCUGUCGACGGUUUGUGUGAAUUGUUUGUCUGUGUGUUAUAAAUGUUGUAUGUGGGUAUUUUGUCCCUGUAGAUUUUGCUUUGCUACAUGAGAGGCUGAAGCCAUCUCCCAGCCACAGGGUUUAGCUGUCACUCUUUUGGCUCUGUAGGUUAUUACAGUAAAGUGUUUUCCUAAAGCAGCACAUCACAGAGUGUGGUAGAGGGAGUUUCAUGUAGACAUAGUCUUAUGAGCAGUUCAAGUGCAGGACAUCAGUGUAUUCAGAUGCACUGAGCUGCGAUGUCUACUUCCAAUCGCUGCUCUCACCUGUUCUUUUGUUGAAACGGCAAUCGCCUGGUCCGUGCACUUCCUGCUAUACGUUGUGGCUCCAACCUAACUAAUUAACACAGUGGUCUAAUUAAAUGCCAUCUCCUCAAAUGUUGCAUGAUGCAACACCGCCCACUGCUGGCUGAAAUCUGGAAGCGCACCGUGUGGGUCACUGCUCCUUAUCUCUCUUAUGACAAGCAGCAGCCACAGAGAGGUGAAUAUCUUGCCUGUCUAUUCUAUUUUGAUCACGUUGCAUGUGUUUAGCUCUUGCUUCCGUCCGAUGCACUUUAUCGAGUCUUUUGUCUUUGGUAUCACGUGUCUGUCUGAAAACAGGUGCAUGUGCAGAAUGCCAUGUCUCACUGCUUCCUGCUUAGCAAUGACUGCAAUGGAACUCGCACAGUUAAUUUUCCCAAAUAAGCCAAAUAUCCUCUACCUAGACACCUAGGUCUCAAAGUGUAAACAGAGGAACUUUCUCCAACCUUUUUCUUCCACCAAACACAGCAAUUACUAAUUUCCCUGAUUUCCACAAAAACGAACUCUAUGCAAUCUUUGACAGAGGAAAUGUUUUUCUUUGUCUUUGUCAUCUAUCCCCCCACACACACCCACCCCCUGUAUUUUGUGGAUUCAAACUGAUCGCUGCUGGGCUUGUGGGUCGCUGGUCUCGGGCUGCUGGUGUGAUGGUCUUGGUUCCUCCUCAGGUCUUUUAGCGAGGAAUUGCAUUCGGGACACUUUUUAGUGAAUGAUUCAAAUGAGAGUUAGGAUAAGAGAUAACGUACGUGUGUGUGUGUGAGUGAGUGGGUAUAAAACCUCACCAUAGAGUGUGGUGACUGAUGGACCUUUUCAAAGCUGUGGGACUCUUAAUAUGAAAUGUGCUUGAGGUCUUCAGUACCCCUAACGCAUCAGCAUACUGUUAUGCAAGCUUAGGUAAUGAAUGGGAAAGGUGUACGAAAGGAUUUAGACUGAAAACUGAUGAUAAACUGAGCUGUAACAAAGCAAUUUCAGAAGCAAAAUACUGUACCAUUUGAUGUUGUAAAUGAAAAGAUUAUUUUAAACCCUUGUAAAUAAAACUGUAAAAAAAAAGAGUGAAAGUGAGAAGAUAUCAGUCUGCCAUGCAGCAAGAAAUGAAUCUGUAUAUUGGUGAAUAAAUCUUGUGCUGUAACAGA